UCAGUUACCCUUUUGCCUACGCAUGAGCAUUUCCUCAUUUGCAGUAAGUUUAGUAACACAGGCGUGUACAUUGCAUUAGCCUCGGUACUGAAUCACUGCAGGACAUGGAGCACUUUAUCCAUCUUUAAAUCAUCACUAAAGGCAAAUAUGGGGGAGAACAUUGAUGUCAAGGCUCUGAGGGCCCGGUUCAACAACAAGGCCAGCAACUCAGACACCAGCAGCAGAGACAGCAGCUCCCCAAAAUCUCCACGACCUGGGUUCGGGAGACAGAUCCUGCCACUGGCGGAGAAAGAUCUGGCGCAUCACAGACUGUCUCCUACCAUUCCUCCUCCUCUGAUGGCUAGCCCAGGCCUGGGGAGGUUCCCAAGGGCAGAACCAAUGACACCCUCCAUCCCCUCCAAACCGGUUUCUUUCCCUCGUCCGCCUCCUAAUCCUGGAGUCAGAGCAUCCAUCCAGCCGUCAGAACUCAGCAAAGUGAAGUUGAAGGGGGAGAUGCUACAGAACAUGAUGAUGAGGCACCCAAGGCCUCCAGGCAUCAAACCCACUCUGGGUCCAGCAUCAGCUCAGCCCCCUGCACCAGCUCCCACCUCCACCCCUCUACUACUUCGACAGCAGCCCCGACAGAGGAGUGCAGGGGACGUGACCCCACUCAGGAAGGCUCUACCCCCUGAAGGACCUCUGCCUUUGAAACCCAAACGCCCUCCCAAUGUCAACCUGGAGCCCUUUCUGAGGUCCAAUCGAGGACCUGCCCUUCCUGGUCCAAGAAAGAGUGAAGCAGGUUCCCUGGGCUCAGCAGACAGGAAGAUGCCUUAUCCCACAGUCAUCAGCCCUCCAAAACUGCCACCACAACGAUCCAACAAGCCCAGCAGGCUGCCGCGCCAAAUUGCCUCUGUGGACAUUGAGGAUAACCAGGACUUCUACGAUGACAUUGGAAGCUUUGAGAAGAACGAUUCCUGGAGUGACAACAGUUCACCAUGUAUAGAUGGGCAUGAUGAUGACGUGUAUGAGUUUAUUGAUGAGAACCAGUUGGAGCAAAACCGGUUAAAUGUUGAGAAGCAAAACAAAAAAGAAGAAAAGAUGCAUCUUGCACGGGAGAAGAAAGAUCAGAUGGAGCGUCUCAAAAACGAAAAUGAGUUGAGGAAGAACUUUCAGUUGCAAGGAGAGGUGGAGGUUCUUCACACAGCCAGAGUGAGGCAUGACUGGCAUGGAGGAGGAAAGCUAGACCUCAGCGUACGCGAAGGAGAGAGCGUGGAGAUCCUUAGAGUGAAGAAUAACCCAGGAGGCAAAUGGUUGGCUCGCUCUCUUAGAGGAAACUGCGGAUACAUCAGUAACACAUGUGUGGAUGUUGACUAUGAGGCGGUAAAGCGCAAAUUACUAGAAUCCAGAAAAAUAGACACAUCAACGUUGCCUCCACCACCUCCAGACCCCCCACAGAUGUUGUAUGUGGAGUCCAAUGGCAGUGACAGCAUGCUUCAAGAUGAUGAUGACUAUGAUGACGUUGAACCAAUAACUGAGGGUUUGCCCCCACCACCGCCUGAAAUCAGCAUAAAUCCCAAAGUGGAGAAAGAGCUCAGGAAAAGAUUUAAGUAUGAAGGGCCUCUCAGGGUGCUACACACCAUGAUGGUAGAUCCUAAUAGCAUCAUAAAAAAGCCAGGGGGGAAGGAUCUGCACGUGACUCAAGGAGAAAUCGUGGACGUCAUUCAGCUCACCAACAGCAAGAAAGCUCUGUGUUGCAACCAGUAUGGAAAAUAUGGCUAUGUGUCCAGAUCUCUCCUUCUUCAAAUGGAAGGAGACAUUUACGACGAUGUUGACUAUGCAGGCAGUGCCGACGUCUACGACAACGACUCUCCACACACUGAUUAUUAACUCAAACUAAACACAGACUCAGACAGUAAGAGAAAGAGAUACAGACAGACAAAAGAAACAAACUAUAUAAACAUGGAACCUAAGUUAAGCUAUGUUAUACUAUAUAAGUGUCCUCUUGGAUACACAUUUUUGCUUUACUUAACUCCACCUGUUGCAUUCAAUUAAAAAGGUUUAGACACAAACUAGCUGUAAACAAACUAUAAACAAACUAGCUUAUAUAAAACUAAAACUGUAUGAAAAAGUAAAUACAACUGAGGGACAAAAACAGAAAGUAAGGUGAAGAGAGAGAUUUGUCUAGGUACACACACAAACACACACACACGCUGAGGAGGGAACUUCAAGUGGAGCCGCUGCACCUUCACCAUGAAAGGGGCCAGUUGAGGUGGUUCGGGCAUCUAACCAGGAUGCAUCCUGGUAGAGGUUUUCCGGGCACGUCCAACUGGUAAAAGGCUCCAACAAGAGAUUAUGCAGUAUACCUCGUCUGGCCAUACCUCAGGGUUCCUCAGGAAGAGCAGGAUAACGUUGCUGGGGAGAGUGACAGCUGGAUACUUUGCUUAGCCUGCUGCCCCCGCAAUAAGUGAAUGAAAAUGGAUGAAUGGAUGGUUGGAUGAGAAUAUCAAACUCUUCAUCAUUGCAUAGUUUGCCAAACUGCUUGUAUAGAAAAUGAAUACACUAUAACUGUUGCUUUGUGUAUUGUUCGACCUCUGAGAUAACUUAAAAUUAAUAAAAUACAUUUUUACUGGUA